CUGUCACAUUCACCCUCCACUUCCCAUCCAAAAGGAGAAAAAUAAAGCAGAGUCAAGAGAGAGACGCAAUAAGGUUGUGAGACUAGAAAUACAGAAUCAGAAAUGUGAAGAAAUACAGAACAUCCAUAGGAAGAUAUCAGAGAAAGCGGUUCCCCCUUCAACUCAGUCCAGUGCAGUGUCAACACACACAGCCUGACGUCAGGACGGCAGCAGAAACAGGAGCAGUGAAGCCUGCAUGUGAGUGGCAACGUCUAAGCGUCUCAGCAACAUUGCAAUAGAACAGAAAAGGAAGGAGUCAAGCAAAUGUGCAAUGGACAGAAACUUUCCCCUCUUUGAUUAUUCCGUUUAUAUUUGGUUUCGCGGACUUGGAUGUUUGAUUGCCGAGAGGGAAUAAAUUCAGAGGACAAGUAAACCAGUUCGUUCGGGAACCGAACCGUCAACUGCGUGGAUUGAAGUGAUUUGAUCUGUACUGUAGACUUUUUUUUAAAAAAAGAAAAAUAAAAGUGUUGCAUCUUGAGGAUCUUGGAGGGUUUGAUCUUUUUUGCUGUACUGUCCUCCGACCUCAUAUCGCAAUGAGUUGGAUGUGAAGGCUUAUUAAAGAAACAGUAAUGGAAACCAAAGGAUACGUUGACUACCCUGAAGUGAUGAAUAUUGGAAGACAGUGGAAUCUAAACAAAUCAACCUUGAAUGUUGGAAAAGAUCAGGUUGAAAGCUGUGACAACAAGGCAAUGACUGUCCUCAAUGUCAGUUGCAUACCUCCAGUUGUGAAGAAUGCUGACGGAGAAAGCAGUCAGGAGGUCUCUCUAGUCCUUCAGCAUCAGCCACAUUAUCAUGUGCAACACCAAGAUCAGCACCUUGGUUUUUUUGCUUCAGAUCCGAAGUGCAACCUAGGACCUGCUAAGGAACUGUCAAAAACUGUUGCUGAGUCGAUGGGUUUGUAUAUGAAUUCUGCAAAAGAAAUGGGCAGUGAGUUUAACUUUAGCAUGCAACCUGAACAAAUGGAGGGAAGGUCUAGCAAUAUUGCAGAAAUUGGUGGACACGAGCUGAACCUUCAGGAGGAAAAGGUUAAUGCUAUAUUAUUACAGCGAGAGAUGAGACGAUGUUCCACUUCCUCCAGCCCUGGAAGAAAUAGUCAGGGUUCAUGCAUCUCUAGUCCUGUAAACUUUAAUAACUUAGGGUCUUCAGUGUCAAGUCCUAUUAAUAUUAACUCUUGUGUCUCUAACCCUGCUAAAAUAAAUUACUUAUCUCUAUCUAGUCCUGAUACUGUUAGCAAUCUGGGAUCUUCCAUCUCUAGCCCUGACAAUAUCAAUAAUUUUAGUACUUCUGUCACUAGCCCAAGUGAUGUUCAUUGUGCUAUCUCCAGCCCUAGUAAGAUAAAUAGUGUCAGCAUAUCUAGUCCUAGUAAUAUGAGCAGUUUGGGCACUUCCAUCUCCAGUCCUGCCAAUAUCAGUAACCUGCAUUCUUCAGUCUCCAGUCCCAAUAACAUGAGCUCUCCUCUUUCUACUCCUCAUAAUCUUGCUUCUCCUCUUCAUGUAUCAACUAAUACCAACAUUUUGUCUAGCCCUAACAAUAAUAACGUGGCCUCUUCUGUCUCCAGCCCCGCUGUAAAUAAUCUGCACUAUUCCAAUUCUAGCUCUGCUGCUGAGCCAAGAAUGAUCCUCAAUCCUGAUCAGAACUCGAGAGCAAGAAAUCAAAAGCAUGAGACACCUAAAGUAUUUAAGGAUGAGAAAAUAAAAGAUGAAUGCUUAGAUCCAGGACCAAUUAACAAUGUUAAUCCUGCCCAGUUUAUGAAAACAGAAGUAGACAGUGAUUUUGGUGGGGCGUGUUUUCUAAGUCGAGGUAGUUCAGACUUACCUAAUUCAAUGUUUUCAAUGCCUCUAAAAUGUGAGAUGAAUGAAACCACUUGUCUGAACACAAUGUAUACUGGUCAAGUUUCAGAAAACCCCUGUUCAGAAAUUGCCCAUCAGUUGAUUGAUGCAAAGGCAAGUUUUGGAGACACCUUUGACCUAUAUGGGGUUUUGGGGAUCCCAACCUCCUCCUCUAACUCUAGUUACGAACAUGAUACAUUUUUGCAACCCAACCUGACAACAGUGAUCAAACAGGAGCCAAGUGACAAAGGCUAUUGCCAAGCCAACUGUUCACUUCCAUCCACCAUCAUCGGUGUUAAUUCAACUGGACAAUCAUUUCAUUACCGAAUUGGAGCCACUGGCACAAUUUCUGUGCCUUGCCCUUUUAUGAGAGAACAGCGAAAUCAGCUUUUGAAUUUAAUUACUCCUGUAUGCACUGUACUUGGAUCUUGGAAGUCGCACCCUGUCACGCCACAGAGUUCCAUCUCUCCUGGGAGAAAUGCUGGCUACCAACUGCAAGGAUACAUUCCUGAGAAAAUGUCACGCUCCCCUAUUAGACUGGAUCGGAGCUGUUCAUCAGUGACCUCAACACCAUCGAAAGUCUGCUUGGUCUGUGCGGAUGAGGCAUCAGGAUGCCAUUAUGGUGUUUUAACGUGUGGAAGUUGUAAGGUUUUCUUCAAAAGAGCUGUGGAAGGGCAACAAAACUACUUAUGUGCUGGACGAAAUGACUGCAUUAUUGACAAAAUCCGCAGAAAAAACUGCCCAGCUUGUCGAUUACGCAAGUGUUUCAAAGCCGGGAUGAACUUGGGAGCACGGAAGUCUAAGAAGCUGGGGAAGGUGAAAGGGCUACAUGAAGAGCAUCAACCACCACAUAGCCCCAAAGAAGGAAUCACGUUCACUGCUCCUUUACCAGAACCUACGGCAAGCACUGCACUUGUUCCUAACUUCUCACAUAUGCCACCACAUAUUCACCCAUCCUUGAGCACUAUUCUUGAAGCUAUUGAGCCUGAAGUGGUUUACGCAUCUUAUGAUAGCAGUCAAGCAGACACAACUAAUCACCUGCUGUCCAGUUUGAACAAGCUGGCAGAGAAACAGAUGGUUCGUAUUGUGAAGUGGGCGAAAGGUCUUCCAGGAUUCAGAACAAUGGCACUUGAUGACCAAAUGACUCUACUCCGGUAUUCUUGGAUGUGCUUAAUGACAUUUAGCCUCAGCUGGAGAUCGUACAAACAUACCAGAGGCACAAUGCUUUACUUUGCACCAGACUUGGUAUUCAAUGAACAGCGGAUGCAGCAAUCAGCUAUGUAUGAGCUAUGUCAAGGGAUGCAAAGCAUCAGCAUAGAAUUUGUACGCCUCCAGUUGACUUAUGAGGAGUUCCUGUGCAUGAAAGCUCUUCUCCUGCUUGGCACAAUUCCAAAAGAUGGCCUGAAAAGUCAAGCUUCAUUUGAUGAAAUGAGGACAAACUAUAUCAAGGAGUUGAGGAGAGUUAUAGCAAGAAAUGAAAAUAAUUCUGGACAAAACUGGCAACGGUUUUAUCAGUUGACUAAAGUCCUUGACAGUAUGCAUGAGUUGGUCAGUGGGCUACUGCAGUUCUGUUUCUAUACAUUUGUGGAAUCAAAGGCACUGAAAAUUGAGUUCCCAGAUAUGCUGGUGGAAAUCAUCAAUGACCAGUUGCCAGAGGUCACAGCAGGAAUGACCAAAUCCCUUUUUUUUCACAAGAAGUGAUCCUUUUACAGUUAGACUUUGCCUUAAAUUUUCCUCAUGUUUUGCUGGCUUUAAAAAUUAUUUUAGCAGGCUUGGUGUCCUGUACGUCGCUACACACUAAAGAAAUGCUUUAUGAAGGUUUGGGACUGCUAUAAUGUAGAACUGUAUCAAUGAGAUGAAAAUGGAUAUAUUCAAAAGGUUAAAAGGAGGCCGGGGAAAAGUAUUUUUUGAAAGAAAUAUAUUUUGGCAGGAAAAAUUGUAAUACAGUCUCUUUUCUAAAGGUAAUCUUUUUGUAAAGUGAAAUGUUUCUGCAUGCAUAAACAUCUGAUGUUUACAGUGUAUUUAAGAAAGAGAAAGCUGUGCCUUUUUAGUAUCAUAUCUAAUUUAACCAUUUUACAGCAUUUGCUGUAAAUAAACCAGAUAUACUAGUUGACUCAUAUUAAAUAUUUCUUCUAUUUUAUAAUUAAUUUUAUGUUAAUUAAUUUUCCCCUUUGCCCGUCACUAGCGUCUUUUGCUUUGUAACAAUAUCGCUUCUGCUCACUGUUAAGAUGCUUUUCAAGUUCCAUCCUGUUGUUUUGUGCUGUAGCAAUAGGGAAGUACUGGAUAAAUGGCAAAAAAGGUGCAUAUGGCUUACUUUUCUUACAACUUUCCAAGAAAUAAAUAAAGUAGCAGGGUUGAACCAUGCCCUGAUAAUCCUAGGUCCUUUCCAACCUUUUUAGAAUUGUCGAAUAAUUUUCUGUGCUUUGCUAUAAAGUUCUGUAUAUUAUGCUGUUGGAGUCCUGAUGUAGCACUUUUGGUAAUCCAUACACUGUACUUAGCCAAAUGAUAUGCAGAAUUAUAAAAUAGUUCUAAAUAAGUUGAUUUAUAUUUCCAUGGAAGCACUUAAGCAUCUACAUUUGUGUCAGCAAAGAAUAUUAAAUAUAUGAUGAUUAAAUUACUAGUUCCACUUUUUAAUGUCUUUUUCAUUGUUAUUGAGUCAAUUGCUGUUUGGGAAACAUUAACAGGCUUUGUUCUCAUAAGUAGCUACUUCCAGCCUAUCAACUAGAUACAUGGAACAUAUAGUGGUUUCUAAAGCUUUCCUAAACUGUUAUUACCUCUGAUCAAUUAGGCAGUCUAUUUUCAGAACAGCAUGAGCCAGGGUAGUUGAAAUUUCUAGUCAAUUGGGGUGCCUGGAAGAUUAGAUCAAGGUCUAGAUGAUUGCAUAACCAUAACCUUAUUCUGAGAGGCUAACCAGUAGUAUAUCAGUCAAUAAAUAUACUAAUAAAUUGUCUUCUCCCAGCUCCAGCACUUCUUUUAAUCUUUCUCCUGUUUCUAAUUUAUCAUGCCAAUUUUUUUAUCACUCCAACAUUGGUGGUCUAAGCCUCACCCACUCAGACCCCAUAUUCUAAAAUCCCCUCUCUAAACCUCUCUUUCCUCCUUCGAGAUGUUCUUUGAAGUGAUCUAACUUAAAAUUUCAUUACCUGCCUUUUAUCUUUCUUUAUCCAUCCCAAUUGCCAAGAGGGCAGCUAAGAGUCAAUCACAUUGUGGGACUGGAGUCACAUGUAGGACAAACCAGGUGAGGAUGGCAGACUUCCUUCCCUAUAGGACAUUAAUGAACAAACUGCUCAUCAUUGCUAGGUAUCAAACUUUGUUUGAAAAUGCUUCUCAGAAGCACAUUGUGACAUUUUGCAAUAUUAAAGUCAUUGUAUAAAUACCAGUUGUCUGUUUCU